GAAUUGGAAAGAGAAGACGAAGACACACUCCUUAGUGACGAUGAUGCGAACAACUCAGACCUAAGGACAAUUCCUGUCGUUUCAGCAAAAGCUAACGACUCGUUGGAAUCGACACUGUUGAAGCUCAAUGACAACAUGUUGUCAGUAUCUCAGUCUAUGAGCUCGAUGCAAGAAACCCUUGCUAGAUUUGCCGAUGGCCAGAGACACUCGAAAAGGCCAAGAGUUGAUGAAUUGUCUGACUCAGACACCGACUCGAAUAAUGACGCUUCUGAAUCAGACAGCGACACGCUGCUUAAAAAAGGAGAGAAGAGUAACCCGACACGCGCGGGAGUCGAAAGAUGA